AUGGCGGAAGGUUUAGAAAGCACCAAACGCUAUGAAGAGCGUCUGAGGGAGCUGGCCGCCUUCCAGCCUUCUCUUGCUGAAGUCAGCAACUGUGAAGAAAUCUGUGGGAGGCGUCCACUGGCGGUCAGCCACGGCUUGCUCAGGACACUGUAUGGCUCCCAUGUUCUGCCCGGGACUUGGCCCUGGCUGGUCAGCUUCCAGUACCCAACGCGGAGGGGCAAGUGGGUCCAUUUCUGUGGCGGUUCGCUGAUUGGCUCUCGCUGGGUCCUCAGCGCAGCCCACUGUUUGCAAAUCAAAAGAUUCAUGCGGUUCUAUAAAGUGGUGAUUGGCGUCACCCAGCUCUCCAAGCCCCGGCCUGAUGCGCAGCUGAACUGGAUCAAGAGAGUGGUGGACCACAUGCUAUACAAGAAGGACGGGCUGCUGCAAUACGACAUUACUUUGGUGGAGCUGACGGAGCCGGUCCAGUGCAGCGACUACGUCCAGCCGGCCUGUCUGCCUGACGAGGAUGCAGUGGUUUCGGUGCUAACUCAUUGCUACGUCAGCGGCUGGGGAGCCGAGGGAGAGGAACGGGAAGAAAGUCCAGGCAUUCUCCAAGAGACAAAAAUGAGCCUCCUUCCCCAAAAGUCUUGCACCAACAAGGCUUGGUGGAAGUCGGAUGUCCCCUCCGAGAUCCUGUGUGUUGGAUAUGAGGGAGAGGGAGAGGAAAACUGUCAGAAUGAUAUUGGUGCCCCCGUCAUGUGCAGGGAAGAGAGUUCGGAGCGCUACUGGGUUGUUGGAGUUGCCAGCGCAGGGCUUCCCACCUGUGGCCCGCAAUGGAGGCCAGGUGUCUAUGUCUCUACGCAGCACUACCUGGAGUGGAUAAGAGCCGUGACCAAGGAGAACGCUUUCAUGCCUGGUCGUCCACCCAUAUUGACCUCCUCCCAAGCCAAGGACCACAAUAUGGCAUCAUGUGCAUCCUCCAAGGCCAAGGCCCACACAAUGGGAACCCACUUCUCCUCAUGGGCUAAGGACCAUGAGAUGGUACCUCCAGAAGAACGAACUAGAUUUGUUGAAGCCUAG